GUGUCUGGGAUUACAAAGAGAGAAAAACGCGCCUUGAUUGAAAAUAUCAGCAGCGGGAUUAAAAACUAAAACCAGCCGACGAUGAGACACGCACCGUCCGCUUAAAGGAGACUAAAAACGCGCCUUUAUUCCUCUGAUUUACCCCCGUUUUUUCACGAAAAUGGCGAACGACUCUCCGGCCAAAAGUCUGGUGGAUAUAGACCUGGCAUCCCUGCGGGAUCCUGCUGGGAUUUUCGAGUUGGUAGAAGUGGUUGGAAAUGGCACCUAUGGACAAGUCUACAAGGGUCGACAUGUCAAGACGGGACAACUGGCGGCCAUUAAGGUCAUGGAUGUCACAGAGGAUGAAGAGGAGGAAAUUAAGCUGGAAAUCAACAUGCUGAAGAAGUACUCCCACCACAGAAACAUCGCCACCUAUUACGGAGCCUUCAUCAAGAAAAGUCCACCGGGCCAUGACGACCAGCUAUGGCUGGUGAUGGAGUUCUGCGGUGCCGGCUCCAUCACAGACUUGGUAAAGAACACCAAAGGCAACACGCUGAAAGAGGAUUGGAUCGCUUACAUCUCCAGAGAGAUCCUCAGGGGAUUGGCUCACCUGCACGCCCAUCACGUCAUCCACCGUGACAUCAAGGGACAAAACGUGCUGCUGACUGAAAACGCAGAGGUCAAACUGGUGGACUUUGGCGUGAGUGCUCAGCUGGACCGCACAGUAGGACGAAGGAACACCUUCAUCGGGACGCCUUAUUGGAUGGCUCCGGAGGUCAUCGCUUGUGAUGAGAACCCGGAUGCCACCUAUGACUACAGGAGUGACCUGUGGUCCUGUGGAAUCACUGCCAUAGAGAUGGCUGAGGGAGCUCCCCCACUUUGUGACAUGCAUCCAAUGAGGGCCCUCUUCCUUAUUCCAAGAAACCCUCCUCCUCGACUCAAGUCCAAAAAAUGGUCAAAGAAGUUCUUCAGCUUCAUCGAAGGCUGCCUGGUGAAGAACUAUACUCAGCGCCCCCCCACCGAGCAGCUGCUCAAACACCCCUUCAUCCGAGACCAGCCCAACGAGAGGCAGGUCCGCAUCCAGCUCAAAGACCACAUCGACCGGACCAAGAAGAAGAGGGGCGAGAAGGAUGAGACUGAGUAUGAAUACAGCGGUAGUGAAGAAGAGGAGGAAGAGGCAUCUGAGCAGGAAGGAGAGCCCAGCUCCAUAGUCAACGUGCCGGGAGAGUCCACCUUGCGCCGCGAUUUCAUCCGCCUGCAGCAGGAGAACAAGGAGCGCUCGGAGGCGCUGCGUCGCCAACAGCUCCUCCAGGAGCAGCAGCUCCGCGAGCAGGAGGAGUACAAGCGCCAACUUCUGGCCGAGAGGCAGAAACGUAUCGAGCAGCAGAAAGAGCAGAGGAGACGGCUGGAGGAGCAACAACGGCGCGAGCGUGAGAUGAGGAGGCAGCAGGAGCGAGAGCAGCGCCGGCGCGAGCAGGAGGAGAAGAGACGCAUUGAAGAGAUGGAGCGACGCCGCAAAGAGGAGGAGGAGCGAAGGAGGGCCGAGGAGGAAAAGAGGAGGGCCGACCGGGAACAGGAGUACAUUCGGCGUCAGUUGGAGGAGGAGCAGAGGCACCUGGAGAUCUUGCAGCAGCAGCUUCUCCAUGAACAAGCCAUGCUGCUGGAGUAUAAGUGGCGGGAGCUGGAGGAGCAGCGCCAAGCCCAGAAGCUCCAGAAGCAGCUGCAGCAGGAGCAGGCCUACCUGCUGUCCCUCCAGCAAACCCAGAACCUGGAUAGUAGCAAGCAGAGCACCAACCCCCCGCAAAACCUUGAACCCGACAGGGUAAAUCGCCCCCCGCAGAGCCCCCAACCCGACACAGACAAACAACAGCACAGCACUGACCCUGGGAAGACGAGGUCUGGUCAGAAUCACAGUCUGGAGAAAACUACAAACACCAAGCUACUUCCGUUCUCUGACCUCCAAGUCCCUGCCCCUGACUCUGAGCCAAUCAGAGAGGCUGAUGAACGAUACCGGAAGAACAUUCAGGGUUCUCCUCAGUCAGCACAGAGCAAACCACAGCAGCCUCCGGUGCCGCCACGCUCAGAGUCUUCCUACCCCAACGGGAACGCGCCUUCUGAGGCGCCGGCCAUGCACCGGCCUGUGGAACCACAGGUCCGUUCUCAUCUGGCUGCUUUAAAGAGCAGCGUCAGCGUGGCCUCAUCAAACUCCCGUGCUACCACCCCGCCCGCUGUGUCUCGAUCACAAUCUUUCAACGAGCCUCUUACCCCUAGCUUUGAAAACCUUCACCUUCGCAACAGCCAAGAACCCCACCAACACUACCACCAUCACCCUCCAUCAUCAUCACCAUCCUCAUCAACUCCUGCACGCACUGACCCACAACCCCAUCCCCAGCCUAGGCCCUCCCCCCAUGAACCGGCCCCUUCAGUGGAGGUCCCUCCCAGGGUUCCUGUCAGGACAACAUCAAGAUCACCGGUGUUGUCAAGGCGAGACUCGCCUCAUCACCAUGGCAACGCCUCACACGGCGGUCAUGCUGUGCACCGCAAUGCUGCCAGUGCGGCGGAGCCUCGGCUGCUGUGGGAACGAGUGGAGAAACUGGUUCCCAGAUCGACCAGUAACAGUGGCAGUGGAGGCUCCAGUUCCUCCAGCAGCUCCAGUAACUCCAGCUCCCAGCCCGGUUCUCACUGCGGCUCUGGAGAGAGGUUCAGGGCCCGUUCCUCAUCCAAAUCAGAGGGCUCACCCCUCCAACGGCCAGAGAAUGCUGGGAAAAAACCAGAGGAGAGGAGGGACUUGGUCAGGCCGAGCAAACCAGCGGAUCUGACGGCUCUGGCCAAGGAGCUGCGUGCAGUGGACGACGUUCGCCCCCAGAAUAAGGUGACAGAUUAUUCGUCCUCCAGUGAUGAUUCAGACACCACUGACGAAGACGACGAUGAAGAGGUGGACCAGGAGGCAGGCGAGGAGUCGACCUCUGGCCCGGAAGACUCCAGAGCUGUCUCUUCCAGGCUGAGUAAUGGAGAGACGGAGUCGGUGAAAACCAUGAUUGUUCACGAUGAGGGUGAGAGCGACGCGGGCUCAACGCCCUGCAAAGACAGCACGCUGAUCGUCAGACAGAGUGCAGGUGACAACAAAAAGCGGCCGUGCCCCGGCUCUGGCUCGGCUCCGGGCCAAGCCCAGAGCCCCGUCCUCCUUACGGGCUUCGCCCCGAGCCCCGGCUCAGUGUCGAGCCCGGGCCUCGGCCACCACACCCCCAGCCCCCACCAUCAUCAUCACCACCAUCACCAUCACCCCACACAGCACUCGGACAGGAACGGCUUUGCCAGCCGCAUCCACCACCUCCCAGACCUGAUCCAGCAGAGCCACCAUUCCUCCCCUUCCUCCUCUGCAUCCAACUCCCCUUCCUCUUCCAGCCUUGCCAGCCCCUCCACCAUGUCCCCCCAGAGCCCCCUGGAAAAACUCGGCAUCCUCCUAGAGAGCCAAUCUAGUAAUAACAUGCAGAAACACAAGUCCUCCUCCUCCUUCACUCCGUUCAUUGACCCACGCCUCCUCCAAGUCUCUCCAUCCACCGGCAGUGCCCUCAAUAAUGUUGGCUACGCAAACGAUGCCAGGCUGGCAGAGGCGCUGAGGGCCGACCCGUCCCGGAAGGGCUCCGUGGUCAACGUCAACCCGGUCAACACUCGCCCGCAGAGCGACACGCCGGAGAUCCGUAAAUACAAGAAGAGGUUCAACUCUGAGAUCCUAUGUGCUGCACUCUGGGGAGUCAACCUGCUGGUGGGAACAGAAAGCGGCCUGAUGCUGUUGGAUCGUAGCGGUCAGGGGAAAGUUUACCCUCUGAUCAACCGACGGCGCUUCCAACAGAUGGAUGUGUUGGAGGGACUCAACGUCCUGGUCACUAUAUCAGGUAAGAAGAACAAGCUGCGUGUGUACUACCUGUCCUGGCUGAGGAACAAGAUCCUGCACAAUGACCCCGAGGUGGAGAAGAAGCAGGGUUGGACCACUGUAGGAGACCUGGAGGGUGCCGUGCACUACAAAGUUGUUAAAUACGAGAGGAUCAAGUUCUUGGUUCUGGCCCUGAAGAACUCAGUGGAGGUCUACGCCUGGGCUCCCAAGCCCUACCACAAGUUCAUGGCCUUCAAGUCGUUUGGUGACCUGGUGCACAAGCCCCUGCUGGUGGACUUGACCGUAGAGGAAGGUCAGAGGUUAAAGGUAAUCUACGGCUCAUGCUCAGGCUUCCAUGCCGUGGAUGUGGACUCUGGAGCCGUCUACGACAUUUAUCUCCCUACACACAUCCAAACCAACAUCCAGUCUCACGCCAUCAUCAUCCUACCCAACACCGACGGCAUCGAGCUGCUGGUGUGCUACGAGGACGAGGGCGUCUACGUCAACACCUACGGGCGCAUCACCAAGGAUGUGGUGCUGCAGUGGGGGGAGAUGCCCACCUCAGUGGCUUACAUUCGUUCCAAUCAGAUCAUGGGUUGGGGUGAGAAGGCCAUAGAGAUCCGCUCGGUGGAGACGGGCCAUCUGGAUGGUGUCUUCAUGCACAAGAGAGCCCAGAGACUUAAGUUCCUCUGUGAAAGAAACGACAAGGUGUUCUUCGCCUCCGUUCGGUCCGGAGGAUCCAGCCAGGUCUACUUUAUGACUCUGGGCCGAAGCAACCUGCUCAGCUGGUAGAGGUCCACACACCCUGCCCUCCUCCUCCUCCUCCUCUUCCUCUUCCUCAUCCUCCUCCUUAUCCUCCACCCUCGCUAACACUGGAUCUCAGAACCCACCGUCGAUGUCUUGUCAGCGCUCUGACAACCAAAAAAGAACAAAAAAACACAGAACAAAACCAGACCUUUGGACCAGAAGAUGAAUUCCCCCCC